UUGUCAAAGACGGUGGGGACUUUUCCAACCCUCACAAGGGUUUUUCUUUUCUCUCUCAUUUCUCUCUAAAACUUCACUCUCUCAUUCUCUUCCUUACCGCACUUCAGAUUCAGUUCUAUAGAUUUAAUCUCCCAUGGCUUCCAAUUCGCAAAAGGAUAUUCCUUCUGAUGACAAAGCUGGUUCAGCAGAGAAUAAAAUUUCCAAAGAUGAAGCAUCAGCUAAAGCAACUCCUGGACCUGGGGCUGGGCCUGGGCCCGGGGCUGGUUUUCCAGCUAACCCUUUUGAUUUUUCAGCAAUGAGUGGUCUGCUCAAUGAUCCAAGUAUCAAGGAAUUGGCUGAACAAAUUGCCAAAGAUCCAUCGUUCAAUCAGAUGGCUGAACAACUUCAGAAAACUUUGCAUGGAGCAACACAAGAUGGUGUCCCAAGUUUUGAUAACCAGCAGUAUUUUUCAACCAUGCAACAGGUCAUGGAGAAUCCUAAUUUUAUGACCAUGGCUGAGCGCCUGGGGAAUGCAUUGAUGCAGGACCCAUCUAUGUCUUCCAUGCUUGAAAAUUUUACCAAUCCGUCAAAUAAAGAUCAGCUCGAAGAGAGAAUGGCACGCAUCAAAGAAGAUCCAUCUUUGAAACAUAUUUUAGAUGAGAUAGAGACUGGUGGUCCGGCUGCAAUGAUGAGAUACUGGAAUGAUGAGGAGGUUUUGAAGAAGUUGGGACUAGCCAUGGGCAUUCCUCCAACCACUGGAGAGGCAGCUGCCGCUUCUGAAAACUCUGGGCCAGAUGAAACAGAAGAUGCGGGAAACGAAGAUGAAUCAAUUGUUCAUCAUACUGCUAGUGUUGGUGACAUUGAGGGAUUGAAAGCUGCGUUAGCCUCUGGUGCUGAUAAAGAUGAAGAAGAUUCAGAGGGAAGAACUGCUUUGCAUUUUGCUUGUGGUUACGGUGAGGUGAAGUGUGCGCAAAUUCUCCUAGAGGCUGGAGCUAAAGUAGAUGCUUUGGAUAAGAACAAGAAUACAGCUCUUCAUUAUGCCGCAGGUUAUGGCAGGAAGGAAUGUGUGGCCUUGCUCGUUGAAAAUGGUGCUGCAGUUACUCUGCAGAAUAUGGAUGGAAAAACUCCUAUAGAUGUUGCAAAGCUAAACAAUCAAGAUGAUGUCCUACAGCUGCUUGAGAAAGAUGUUUUCCUGUAAUUGCAAGGCUUGCACAAUGGAUGUUAUUCCAUCACCAAAAAGAAAAGGGGAAACUGAGGGAAAAAACAAAAGCAUGAUAUGGUGACUUUUAUUUUUCUUUUGAUUUCUUCCAAUCGUUGUGUUGAACUUAAUUAGUUACCAUAAAAUUUGUUAAUUGUACACUAGCAACGCAUUUGUUUGUUAUUACACUGCAUGAUUAGUGCAUUAAUGGUUUCAUUUCCUUUGA